AUGACCUGAGCGAUGAGAAUGAUGAGGAUGAUUAUGACGAUGAGGAUGAUUAUGAUGAUGAAGAUGAACUUGAUGAUGAUUUGGGUAAUCUUCAUCUCCCUCCUGCGAGUAAGAUGAAACCCAUGAUGGGAAAUGGCCAGAUUCCGAAAAUGAUGAUGAAUGGAAACCUUCCCCCGGUUGUGAAUGGUCCGGCCGGCGGUGGUAAUGCCAAGAAAGGCGGCGGAGCUGUGCCGGUUCAGGGUAAUAACAAUGGGAAGAAUGUUACCGGCGGAGGAGGUAAAGGAAAUGGUGGCGGCGGCGGUGGAGGUGGGAGUAACCAAAAGCAGGGCGGUGGAGGUGGGAGUAACCAAAAGCAGGGCGGCGGCUGCGGCGGCGGUGUGAGCAAUGGCAAAAACGGCAACGGCGGUGGAAAUGGUAGUAGUAACGGGGUGAACGGCGGUCAAAAGAUGACCGGUGGGUCAAAUGGAAUGGGCCAUGAUUUACAGAGCUUCAUCGGUGCUCAUGGAUUGGGAAUGUCAAAUUUGGGUCAAAUGGGUGACCGGCCGAUGGGUCAAAUGAACAAUCUUCCAGCGGUGCAAGGUCUUCCCGCAUCAGCGGCGGCAGCCAUGAACGGUGGAGGCAGCGCCGGGAGGUUUAUACCGGACAGCAUUUCCACAAACCCCUACCACCACCACCACCAGCAACAGCAACAACAACACAUGGCCCAAAUGAUGAACCAACAACAACACGCGCUUGGGCACCAACCAAUGAUGUACGCACGGCCACCGCCGGCCGUAAAUUACGUGCCACCGCCGUACCCAUACCCAUAUCCAUACCCACCACCGUACCACCACCCAUAUCCACCGCCGCAGCAGCCAGAACCCUACACGUAUUUCAGCGACGAGAAUCCGUCAAGUUGUAACAUCAUGUGAAACAUGUGCCGCCGGAAUUUCAAGAUCGGAAUCUUCAUUAUACUCUGCUUCUUCUUAUACUAAGCUACUUGAUUGUGUAUGAUGUUGAUUUUGCUUGUUUUUUUUCCUGCUUUUUUGGAAUUUGAAGCUGGAUUAGAGUCUUUAAUUAUAUCAUUAAGCCAAAAAAAGAGGGUUAAUUAUAGAUAUAUAUAUAUAUAUAA